AUGCCGUGCGGCGAUUCCGAAGAAGGGUCGUCACAGUCGGCUCCGUCGCAAUUCGAAUGGGAGCUGUGUCGUGAGAACAUAAAACCGCUCAAGACCGGGCGUCGUGUCGAAGCAAUAAAUCAGGCUCUCGCUCUUAGUGCACAUGGCUCGAAAGCCCAAACUCUGGCAACGCAGAAGUUCGAUGAGAUUAUGGAAUUGUGUGAGACGUCAUCGGACCCUCUCAAACACUGCCUUGAGUUCUGCACUUGGUUCGAUCAAACAUUCCCGCAUGGCCGUCAGCGCUUGUAUUACUCGUUGCUAUGGAAAAUAGUACACAAGUACGCUAAAUGUCCAGAAUAUCUCGACGAUGAGAGGAUGCUGCGUGUAUGGGAGAAGUUGGCCGAUAAUAGUCUUGAUCAUGGUUGGGAAAUUUACCAACACGCAAACACGAUUGGAUCUUUAGUCAGAUGUGCGCAGUUAUAUAUUCGUUGGUCGGAAGAUCUGGAGAUGCGUGGUGCGAUAGCAGACGCUAGAGCAGUGUUGCGUCGUGCAAGAAGAAAUGGGGCGCUGCCGCCGGAAGUGAUAGACAAUGCAGAGGACCAGUUGGAACUGCGAGAAAAGGAGAAUGGCGACGAUUCAUGGGAAGAGGACCCGUUGGACGAGAAUGGCGAGCGAGUGGCGUUCACUAGGUUGACAGGUGUGUUCGAUCCAUUGGAGGAUUCAUCGGAAGCUCCGGUCGUCCGCCUUCCUUGCAUUGUCGGCGAACAAGGCAGUAGCAAAUUGGAUAGAGGCCAACAGAAACAGAAGCCCGUAAACAAUGGAGUGCCAGCAUUCCAGGUGUUUGAAGAUGAUGGUGACGGUGCUGACAACUACCUGGAAGAAAUUUUUGAAAUGGAUAAUCACAUAGAACGUUUCUCUCUUAAUGAUCACGAUGCAGAAAAAUGGAAAGCAAGCAAGGUUCCUCUGAAGAAGCUGGGCAACUGCGUGAGUAGCUUCAGCGUUUGGGUGGAUGACGAGAACAAGGAGAACAGAGAUCCACAAGAUGGAGGGAAACCUGUCAAGAAGCCUGUCCUUAAAAUGCACAAGUUCCUUGUCAAGGACAUGUCUAUUGAGGAAUAUCUGGCAAGCAGAUAUGAGAGCAGUGAAGCCGAAAAAGAUAUGAAGAAAAUCGCAAGAAAGAUCGAUUUCGACGAGGAU